AUGUCGCCCCGUAGGGAACCCGAUCACCCGGCUCCUACUCAGGCCACAGUAGUCGCACAGUUCCGCGACUAUCAUGCCGAGAAAUUCUCCGGGCAGGGAGAUCCCCGUAUCGUGGACGAGUGGAUUCAAGGCCUUGAGUUUAUCUUCGAGGUCAUGGAUUGUCCUGAUAGAUAUCGUGUAAUCUGCGCUCAGCUUCAGCUCACCA